CUUCCCCUUGGUGAGUCUCGGUCCGCCCGCAGCAGUCUCCUUCCCGGUGAGGGUUUCUUUUUUUUUUUYUUUUUUUUUUUUUUUUUUUUUUUUUUUUUACUACUACAGAGAUGGCUGCGAAAGUGUGCAGAUCGGUACUCCUGUUGUCCCGGAGCAGCGGAACGGCGGCCGGCAGCCUCCCCGUAGUUGUCUCUUCUUCACAACGGCACCAACAACACAUAAGACCGGAGGUGCUGCCUGCUACUUUCACCCGUCAGACUGUCAGGAGAGCUCAUGGCCUACGGUCAGCAGCCCACUCCACGCUCUUCACCCAGACCACCACUGCCCUGUCUCCACAGGUUUGGAAGAGCGCCCCCUCAUGGCCUGGGCAGAGACUGUUUUGUUCCUCCGCUGCUCCACAGGAGGUGACCGUGGUGUAUCAGAAUGGUCUGCCUGUGAUCUCGGUCAGUUUGCCGUCCAGGCGGGAGCGCUGCCAGUUCACCCUGAAGCCUCUGAGCGACUGCGUGGGCGUUUUCCUGCAGCAGCUGCAGGCGGAGGACAGAGGCAUCGACCGUGUGGCCAUCUACUCUAUGGACGGAGCGAGGAUCGCCUCCUCCACUGGCAUAGAUAUCCUGCUGAUGGACGACUUUAAGCUCGUCAUCAAUGACACCACUCAUAUUGUGCGACCACCAAGGAGAGAGAUCCUGCCCCACGAGGAGGCCGAGAGGCUAAAUGACGUCAAGUUUCUGGUGCAGCAGCUCUACACCACACUGCGCAUCGAAGAGCACCAGCUCAGCAAAGAGCGGGAGCUGAUUGGACGACUGGAGGACCUCAACUCUCAGCUGCGCCCCCUAGAGAAGGUGAGAGAGGAGCUGAGCAAGAAGGCGGAGCGCCGCACCACCUGGGUGCUGUGGGGCGGCAUGGCGUACAUGGCGACGCAGUUUGGCAUCCUGGCCAGGCUGACCUGGUGGGAAUACUCCUGGGAUAUCAUGGAGCCCGUCACCUACUUCAUCACUUAUGGCACUGCGAUGGCAAUGUAUGCCUACUUUGUGCUUACACGUCAGGAGUACGUUUAUCCUGACGCUAGAGAUAGACAGUAUCUGCUGUUCUUCCACAAGGGGUUGAAGAGGACACGCUUCGAUAUCGAGAAGUACAACAAGCUGAAGGAUGACAUCGCUGAGGUGGAGCUGGACCUGAAGCGCCUAAGGGAUCCGCUCCAGCUCCAGCUCCCGAUUCAGCAGCUGCCCAGCGACAAAAAUUGAUGACAAGCGUGACUCCCCUCAUCUCUGAUCUCCUGGAAACGACCCUCUUUCUUCCCCUUCCCCCCCUCUGGUGUCUGAGUACUCCCUCUCUACUCCCUCCUAUCCUCUUCUCCUUCUCUACCUGUCCCUUUGUUUAUUGUGGAAGGUUGUUUUUUUUUUUCUUCUUCUCUCCUGGCUAAAAUCUAUAGUUGGAAUUCGAGAAUGCCUCAAACUGAAGACUUCAUACAGCUGAAGGAUGAAGACGAAGAUGGUGAAGAUUAUCAAAGCAAAUUGGAUUAGCCUCAAACUCUGGAGGGGCGACCUGCCGGUAAACCGCAGGGAUGAAUGCGAAUUCGCUUGCUUGUAAGCACUCUGAGAUAGGGAACACGGCGAGGAGCAGCCUUUGUUGAGUCAGCGUGUGUGUGUGUGUGUGUGUGUGUGUUGAAGAAGGAUCACCUAAUGCGACAGUAAACACACACACACGCGCUUCCUCCCAGCCUGUGCAGGCUCCAGAGACAAGUUUACAGGAAGUUCUGACUGCAGUCGCACCAUCAUGGAGAUUCUAGUUUCCCUGCGUCCGAACUCUGCCGCCUCCCCUCCCUCUCCGCCGAGCCGCGCCUCCUCCAGGUGACGGGCAGCAUCCCUUCGUCAGGAGCAUCUGUAUCUCUGCAGGAAGCAGGAACGCCUCGUUUUCCCUUCCUGUUGAUGUCCUGUAAGCGGCUUGGCAUCCGCAAGUCAGAGAGUCCUACCGACAACAACAUCACUGUGUGUUCUUUUAUUCCAAAACAAACUGAAAAAAAAAAAAAAAAAAGUUAAUAUUUUGGCACUUUUUAUUUUGAAAGCCAUAGUAUAUUUGUUAUGACAAAAAUAUGGGUAUAUAUGUAUACAAUCAAACAGAUGACCAGAGGCUAGUUUUUUUUCUCUCUUUGUUUUCCAGUGGGGGGAGGAGCUCUCCGACAAACAUAAAAAAAUAAAUAAAUCAUUGGUACCCCAUAAAAGGACUCCACUAACAACAGCAUUACACUGUAUUCAAUAAAUACCUUGUGCUAAUAGCUUUGUACAUUUUCAUGACAAGUACACAAUAUAUAUGUGGCGCUCAUUUUCAAGAGAAGAGCUCCUGUGCAUGGUCUCCGAGAGGGAGGAAGCAACUCUGAAGCCAGAUCAGGGUGAAAAAUGGCUUUAAUUACAGAAUACAUGCAUUUCUCAGCAAUGUGAAUAAUGCUGUGCUUUACUUACCUCUUUAACCAACCAUUGCUGCAGAGUGUUGUGCAAUAUCUCCAAUGAAGUAAAAAAAAAAAAAAAAGACAAACUUACCCUUAUGUUGGAGUAUAAACUAAUUCGAUUCAUGCAAAAUAAAUAAAUAAAAUUUCAUCCUAAGAUGACACGGAAUAAAGUCAGAGUUUUCUCCUCCCACUGCUGCUGUAAUGGCCUCCCCCCCUGCUCUCAGUGACAAGGCAGGGUAGACUGCAUGCUGUGGUAUGGCCUCAGUAGAAACUUGUGAACGUGUAGGAGCAUUAUAGCAAUUUUGUACUUAAUUGGGCACUUUCUUUUCGCGCAUCCUUUGGACGUCCAUCAGCAUCUCCAUGAAGUUUUGCGACACAUUGUUAAUUCAAACCAUAUCUUGAUUUUUCUUUAGGCGUGGGCCGGUAUGAGAUUCUCUCUGGAGGAGAACAGACAAAAUGCUGUGACUUUACUGUGUUGGGCUGAACUUUAAACAAAAUAAUAAAACGUAUCAAAUGACCUAAUCUUGUUGAUUUAAAACUGAAAAUUGAUCCUGCUACACCAAAAAAGUAAAUGGAUGCAAGUAUUUAAAGUUUGUUGAAGAUUUUGCAAGCAUAUGUAAACCCCCACUAAAUUUCAAAGUAGUUUUUGACUGCUUUAUUCUAAAUACUGCACAUUUUUGCCACUCUGUUCUGUUUAUCAUAUUAACAGAGAUGCACUGAUUUCGCUUUUCGGAGGAUUUUAUUUACAUUUGACUUGACACUGACUUUGAUCAGGUCAGUUUUCAAUUUAACAGAAAAAUAAGGAAUUACAUUAUUAUCACCAUCUAUGCAUAAUGUGACUAUCCUUUUAUCAAACAGGAAACUUGGUCAGACCGGUUUAAUUGGUCAGAUUAAAAUCUUGUUGAUGAUAAGUUGAUCUUGUCAAGUCAGUAGCAGACAGAGACCAGCAGGUGGCACUGCUUUAGGUUUCAGAACUAUUUCCAAAAAGCCAAAUUUGUCUUUUGUUUCAGCCAGCUGAGUGGUGGUGUGCAGCAUUGUGCUAGUCUGUGCUUCGUAACACCUGGAAAAGCAAACUAUUACUGGAAAGCAUCUAAAAAAUAAGAUUUAGUCUGUAGCGAACAAUACGUCGUUUUAGCACCAUUGAAAAAGUAACAUGUAAAACUCUUGGUACUGGUAGCCGGCCCGUGCCUAAAGCUUUUUUGGGAAUGUUUACUCCAAGAACUUCUUUCAGAGCGGCAAAGUCUUCUGUUCAGGGUCCGGUUUGUCGACCCCAGCAGGGGGGCUCGGCAUUUCGCUCCCUUCGCCAUUUUAUCCCUUCACACGUUCAGCCGUUUGGUACCAUCUGCCAUCGGACGGGGCCUUCUAGGAGCGUUUCUUACCCGCUCGUGUUCUACUGGUUGUCUGACUCCAAUAAUUGAUGUCUACCAGCAGAUCAGAGUUAUCUCGCUUUGAUUAGGAGUCAAACUCUGUCCUUUUUCAUACGAGUCAACUGGCUCAAAAAGGGAUCAGAACUUAAAUGAGAGGAAAUGUGGUGUAAUUAGAAGUUUUCACAAAAUAUAUAACAUUAUCUGUGAGAUUUGACUGUUAAAUGCGCCUUUAUCUCUAUAAUUCAUGUAAAUACUUUGUGAAGUGAUAAAAAAAAAAUUGUUUUGUUUUGGCAUGAAGAAAUGGCUUGAGUAACACUUCAUAGGAAUAUCGGACGCGAAUCGACAAAAGUACAAAGUGAGCCCCCUAGUGGUCCAAACCCCAUAUCUUUAGAUCAUUUCUUCAAGCCAGUUGUUUUUGACUCUGAGCUGCCGUCGCUCAGCCUGUGCAGCGGGGAGGCGCCGUCCCCCAACAUCCUCCUGCAUGGAGUCCAGGACCAUCCUGAGCUCGAGUCCUGCUGGGGAGCGGAUCUUUCAUAUUAAAGUGCAUGCUUUGGGCUCAAAUCGUUAAUUAGCCUUGCAAAUCUAAAGACGGGAUAGAGCCUUAUCUGGUGCAUUGUGUGUGUUUGUUUGUGUGUGUUAUUGCUUAGAGAAAUUGUGCCUUUCGGAUAAUAGAUGACGUAAUCUGUGUUGAGAUCUUAGAGUUAAACGAACAGCGGUGUUAGGCUGACGGAGACAUAGAAAGGCAGAAACGGGUUUCUUUGGGAAGUGGAAAUACAUUUUAAAACAUUUAAGCGGUGCAAAAAUGUAAGAAGGUUUCUGCAUCUGUGAUUCUUUUGCUGCUUGUGAGUACAAGUAGGAGUUGAUGUUUCCUGAAUAUAUCUGCUUUCACACACAAUACACUCAGAUCCUGUAAUAGUUGGCUGUUUGUGGUCUGGUUCCUCCCCUCUGCUGUCUCUCUGUCCGUCAUCACGUUCUCUGAUUUUUUUUUUUUUUUUUUUUUGUUCAAAUCAUACCAUCCACCAUUUACUGCCUUUUGUUUGUCGUCUUUUAUUUUUUUUCUAAACAAACUAUAUCAAAUAUAGGGAAACUUAUGCUAAAGAGGGUGUUGCAUGAAUGUAUGUUUACAUGGAAACUUAUCUAAAAAGAAAAAAAAAGAUGAUUUAUUCAAAUACGUGCAAAGAUAAUUUAAGGAACGUCGUUUGUAGAGAUUCCUAGUUGUAAAAAGGGACAGGAGGCGGUGCUGUGUCUUUAAAGUCCAGCCUGCCAGACGACAUCCAAGUCCCAGCCAACCAACUGCUUAAAUCCAGUCCAUUUUUAUCUUAUGUAUUCCCAGUAUCCUGGUCCUGACUGUGUGUCCUCGCUCUCCGAUAAGUGAAAAACCCCAACACCGAAGGCCUGAGAGCCUCUGUGCUAAAGGAGAGACGUCAGAUUAAUGCUUUAAAAUCAUCUGGGAAAACCUCCAUCUUUUCUUUUCACCCAUCCUCGCCUUUGUUUUCUCCAAAGUAUCAUUAUUACUCUACAUUUUUUGAUGUGCGUUGAACUUCAGAUUUUUAAUUUGUGAUUGAUUUUGUUCGGACAUGCUUAAGAUUGAAGCAGACCGUAGGAUUGAAUGGAUCAUGUAUUUCAUUUGGACCUAUUCUACUCUGUUGUUUUUGUUUGCUUCAGUUGACAUGAUGCUGUAAUGUUGGCAAAACAAAAAAAUAAAGAAAGAAAAUGUAAAAUCCUGUAUCAUUUAUGAAAUAUGUAUAAAAGAGAAAUGUAAUUCAAUUAUCAAUAAAAUCCUUAUCCAGGUUUUGGAGCUAAUGG